AAUUGCACAUACACUGGUGGGAGUGGCCAUGGCUUUAAAUUUCAGCACUCCACCGGACACCACACCAAACUUCCCAGCCAGCCUUUAGCACCACAUCCAAACAGAGAAGGCUUCACCGUCUUCACCAUGGCCUCACUCAGCGAAGCAAAUGCUAAAUUCUGCUUUGACUUUUUCAAAGAGCUCCAGAAAUCAAAAAGAAAUGAAAACAUCUUCUUCUCCCCUCUGAGCAUCUCUUCGGCCAUGGCCAUGGUCCUCCUGGGUGCUAGAGGCAACACGGCCAAACAGAUGGAAAAGGCGCUUCAUUUUGAUGAAGUUUCAAGUUCUUCUGGAGGAAGUACAAAGCAUGGUAGCUCUGAGUGUGAAGAAACUGGAGAAGUUCAUUCUCAGUUCCAGGCACUCUUAUCAGCAAUCAACAGGCCCAGCACCCAUUUUUCUCUAAGCAUUGCUAACAGGCUGUACGGAGCAAAGGGUUUUCAAUUCCUUGAGCAAUACUUGAAGUGCACAGAGACACUGUACCAUGCUGGGCUGGAAACUGUUGACUUUAGCAAUGCUCUAGAAGAAACCAGAAAAAAAAUUAACACCUGGGUGGAAGAACAGACCAGUGGUAAAAUCAAAGAGUUGUUCGCAGAGCGCGUUCUAGGUUCAGCUACUGUCCUGGUGCUGGUCAAUGCUAUCUACUUUAAAGGAAAGUGGACUUUAGAAUUUAAGAAAGAAGACACCAAGGAAAGACCUUUCAGGUUAAACAAGAAUCAGACCAAGAAUGUGCAGAUGAUGUUUCAGAAUGGCUACUACAAUCUGGCCAUCAUAGAGGAACCUGAGAUUCAAGUGCUCGAACUCCCCUACGGUGGAGAAGGAGAAGGAGAACUGAGUAUGUUCAUUUUUUUACCAAAAGAUAUCAAGGAUAACUCCACUGGCCUGGAACAGCUUAACAGCGCACUCACCUAUAAAAAAUUUGUAGAGUGGACCACGAUGACGAACAUGCAUAAACAAAGCGUGAAUGUGUACCUGCCCCGAUUCAAGAUUCAGGAAAGCUAUGACCUUGGGGAAACUCUGCAGGCUAUGGGGAUGCUUGAUUUGUUUGACACUUCAAAGGCUGAUUUAUCAGGAAUGAAUGGAAAGCGUGAUCUGGCUGUGUCCAAAGCCAUCCAUAAAUCUUACGUGGAUGUUAAUGAAGAGGGCACUGAAGCAACUGCUUCUACAGGGGUUGACAUAAUUUUUACAAGUCCUGGGAUGCCUUAUGCGUUUAAGGCUGACCACCCCUUCCUCUACCUUAUCAAAGACAAUGUAACCAGGAGCAUUCUCUUUUAUGGCCAAUGUACCUCUCCUUAACUGGAGGGCACUUUGAAACAAUAUAGGAAGACCUACAACCUUGUUGUAGUGAGGAUAAAAGAUAAUAUUUCUCAAGUUUUUUGAAAUUUUGCAAAUUUGAAAUGAGAGAUUUUUUAAUGCAAUGGCUUCUAAGAAAAGUCUCCUAAUACAGUGGCCAGCAACCUUUGACAAGCUGUGGCCAAAACCAUACGGCUCCAGUCUGGUGUGGACCAAGUGCCUUUAGCAGCACAUUGGCAGUGGGGAGUUUUUCCUGCGCCCAAGCCAGGGUCAGGCAUCUAGGAGCUGUGCCUGUGCCACUGCCACUGCUUCUCUCAGCCCCCUACCCUCUGGCUGGGGGGGAGAGUGCAGCUUCCCACUGGCUGAAAGCUUUGCCUAUGCUACAACUGAGGGACGGUGGUGGUGAUAAGUGGCAGAGGCCUGGGUGCAGCUAGAAACUGCCCAGCUCUUGCACAACCCCUUGCUGCCUGACCUUGACAUGGGGGCAGGUGCAGGCACAGGCAAAGCUCUCCACCGCCAGUGGUUCUGCAGACUGAAUCUGAAUAUGUUGCUGGCCCCUCUUCUAUGAUGUUAUUGUCUUUUGCCUUUAUAUUGCUUAGAACUUAUUGUCUUUAUAUUGGUUAUUAUAAUGUAACCAAAGCAGCUAUCUCCUAAAUUUGAAAUCAUUUUGACUCCA